UCAAGAGUUUUCAGCUGUUGGCUGGACGUUGAAGGGGAGAGACAGACUCUCGUGGAGAAAAAUACUAUUUUAAAAUAAAGUAGUUUAGAGCUCUAGAGAACUAGACCCCCUUGGGUAUCGAUAUACUGUCCACGUCAGAGAGAGGGAAAGAGGAGGUGUGUAAAGGGAGAGACAUUUGGCUCGCUGUAGCCAACUUUUUACAGACGUGACUAGCUCACCAACUGACAAACAGCCUGUUAAUACAAUGCCAUGGGAUUAUGAAUAAACAUGAUCAACCAAGAGCUCAAGUUCACGCAAGCUCGUCCGUUGAGAGUGUAAAUAACGCCUGACCGAUUUAAUUUUGGACACCGUUUUUGAAGAAGACGAGAACGUGGCUGAUUCCUUUUGAAUAGCCGACUUUUGUUGUAAAAACAGUGAAGAAGGACUUUUUUUGUGCUCACUCUAUGUGUAUAGGAACCUGUUUUUCCACCGCUGCUUCGAUGUUCUGUUGUUUUCCGUUGUGUUCAUGCCUGACAAUUCCCACGGAAACAGACCCACAUAGCCGCUCGCAGUAGGCACACAAGCUGUUCUGAUGGACUCCAGAUAACAGCACCACUCCUCAUCCUCCAGCCCCAACCUUUAGCCCCCAACUCCUCCUCCUUGUCUGGUUGGUCUAUUGGAGCCCCAGGAUGACAGACCCUAAUGGGUCUGUGGGAGAGGGCUUGGCCGAGGUGGAUGCCUGCAGCCUGGAGAUCGAGAGGCAGUAUGAGGUCAUCCCUGCCGUCAUCUGCUCCAUGUGCUGCCUGUUCGGCAUCAUCUACUGCUUCUUCGGCUACCGCUGCUUCAAAGCUGUCAUGUUCCUGUCGGGCCUGAUGUUUGGCUCGGUCAUCAUCUUCCUGCUGUGCCACAAGGAGCGGGUGCUGGACACCCAGCUGAGCGUGGAGGCCUCAGCUGGUAUUGGCCUGGGCAUCGGCCUGCUGUGUGGCUUGGUCACCAUGCUGGUGCGCUCAGUGGGCCUCUUCAUGACAGGCCUCCUUCUGGGCCUGCUGCUCGCCCUCGCCGCCCUUCUGGUCACCCACCAGUUCUAUACCCCCACCACCGUCUGGGUGCCCCUGGGGGCACUGCUGGGCACAGGCAUGCUGUUCGCCGUGCUCACCCUGCAGUGGCAGAAGCUCUUCACCGUAUUGUCUACGUCCGUGUUCGGGGCAGCCAUCAUGACGGUGUGCGCCGACUACUUUGUGGAGAUGCUGGCGCUUGCCAGCCACGUGUACGAGUGCCUGAGACUUUCGCCGCCGCCGCCGCUCUGCUGGUACAGCUGGGUGAUCCUGGGUAUCUGGCCGACACUCAGCUUUAUGGGGGUGCUGGUUCAGUGGAAGCUGACGGCUGAAGGCUUCUCACACACUGAGGUCAUCAUCAGCAGGAGGCAGAAGCGGGUCCAGUUAAUGCGGAUCAGGCAGAAAGAUGCCAAGAAGCGGCAGCAGAGCGGUGGACAAGAGGGCACUUACCGUCGCAAGCCUACCCCCGUCAAACGCUACGCAGGAGACCUGCUAGCACCGAGUUACCUGCAGAGUCUGAGGGACAGACAGAUGGGCACAGGCAACUCCCUCAGCAGCCUGGGCACUGCCAACCACACCAUGAUUGACUUUGACUACGAGACUGGCUCCACUGUGCCCCUCACCGCCACUACACCAGUCAUCAGGGUCUGACGCACCGAGGGACAAGCAGGAGACCAACCACUUGUUUCUUGUCCCUCCUCCACAGUCCUCUUCCCCAACAGACUGUUAUUUUAGGGCCUCGGCUCUUAUUUAGGCAAUGUUCGAGUCUAUUGAAUAGUGAAUCUACCUUCCAUUGAGCUGGAAUAGGGCCUUGAAUGCUGUCCAAGUGAAGAUCAUUACACCAAUAGUUCCUAGCACAACUCCAGUGUAACUCUCAGCCUAUCAUUGUUGGACGUUUGGAAUGGCCGACUUGAGAGUUGACUUGAGUUGACUUGAGAGUGAUGGAAUGUCUGUGAGCUGUUCCCUAAGAGUUGUUGGGAGGGACGUUUGGCCUCUUGUUUGAUGUGUGCUGUAACCACUCUGUGUCAAUAGACUGUGCCUGUGUGGCCUCUCCCUGUGUUGUCUGCUCUGAGCGUGGGAGGUCCAUGUGAAAAGUCGGAAGGCCACUGAAGAGGGAGGGAGAAAGAGCAGAAAUAAUCUCAUCUGACUUCUUAGGUCAUAUACUUUUUUUGGUGCCAUUAUGAUUGAUUAUAUAUGGGGAAAAUCACUUGACUGAUGAAAACAGACUCUUUUUGCUGUUCAGGAACCAAUAAUGGGGAUGGAAAUGUCUAUGAAUAGCACGAGAGCUACCUCCUCGAGUAAUAUCAACUUUUACAAUUGGAGUUAUCUGUGCUUUAAUGACUUGAAAUUAACCAGUGGCAUGUAACUUCUGGUCACCUGACGUCCUCAAAGAAUAGGAGAGCAGCUGUUGUUGAGGAUGCACUGUGACUGGACAAAGACGAGGACAAGUCAAGACACAUUUCUCUGAUCUGUGUUUGUUGUCUGUGCGAGUGUGUGUGCGUUUGUAAUGUUAUGGUGUGUGUUGAUGUUUACUUGUCCCUUUUUGUAGGUAAAUGCCUGUAUAGUUGGGUGUAGAAGAUUCAGGUCCAGAGAGAUACACGGCAGCCAUUUUGUGCCUCAAUACAUUGAAGAUUAUUACAUGGGCAACUGUUACAAGUAAAAUGUACAUUUUUUUUCAUAGGAAUUACAGUGCCUUUUUUAGAGGUAGCAAUACUGCAAUACUAUACAUACAAUGUUUCAAACCACACUCAUUAUGUCAUUUAUUUUGGAGCAGUAGCUUGUUUCAUGACAACUUAUGGGCAGUUUUACCUGUGCAGUACCUGUAUUCAGUAAUUUAUAUGAUUAAUAACGUUGAAGGACUAUGCUAUGGUAAAAUUAGAGUACACAUUUGCCAAAUUCUAGGUUACUAAAGAAUUAUCUGUGUUUUUUGAAAAUGGUAAUUAACUGUUGUUUUAGAAUUUUAGAGGGAUAGUACUCUGACUAUUCUGAAUCUGUACAGAAUUGUCAAUAGGAAAUGUAAAAGAUAAACCAUUAAAUUAGUUUAAAAACAAAAGCUGUUUGAGUGAUUCCUCUGAGGAUAA